UAAACUUUCGACCAUCACGAGCCUCUGUUGCCCGAGACUGUCACGCGUGUCAAGCCCUUUGCCGACUAGACCGAAUCCCUCGCUGUCGAAUCCCUCUUUCGAGCCCGGCGUUUUUUGUCCAGCCAUCCAAUCUCAUCGAGAGCCUGUUCCACGACCAUCGUCCCUCCGCCUCUUUUCGCUGCCGCCAGCUCCUCAUGCUGCUUGUUCGACGGCCGCCCUAACACGCAAGCGUCACGAUGAAGGCCUCGCCGCUCAUCAUCAAUUGGCAUGACCAGAAUGCCCCCAUCUACUCUGCUCACUUUGAGCCAAACGGCAAGGGCCGCCUGGCCACGGCCGGUGGUGACAACCAUGUGAGGGUGUGGAAAGUUCAAGCCGACGGCCCGGAACGCAAAGUCGAAUAUCUAUCGACCUUGUCCAAGCACAAUCAAGCUGUCAAUGUUGUGCGAUGGGCCCCCAAAGGAGAAACCCUCGCUUCGGCCGGCGACGACGGCAAUGUGAUUCUAUGGGUUCCCAGCGAGAUUCCGGCAACCAACUUUGGAUCGGAAGGUCUGGACGAUAAGGAAUCAUGGAGAGCCAAGCACAUGUGUCGCUCUAGCGGAGCCGAGAUAUACGAUUUGGCAUGGUCCCCCGACGCCGUCUACUUUAUUAUCGGUAGUAUGGAUAAUAUUGCGAGAAUAUACAAUGCCAGUUCAGGAACACUUGUAAGGCAAAUUGCCGAACAUAGUCACUACGUGCAAGGCGUCACUUGGGAUCCCUUGAACGAGUACAUUGCAACCCAGUCGUCCGAUCGAUCCGUCCACAUCUACUCUCUCAAGACAAAAGACGGGCAGUAUUCCUUGAGCCAGGACGAUAAGCUGCCGAGGCUAGCAAGCCACGUCAAAGCCGAUCUCCCUACUCGACGAAUCUCUUCGAGCAGUCCCGCGCCCCCGGAAUUCGGUCACCGAGCGCAGAUGUCUACCGUAGACUCUGCCACGUCUGUGGGAUCACCAGCUCCCUCAGCCCCAAGCACCCCAACUUCCGCACCUCUCCCCAUGAACCCGCCAAGCGUCAUCAGCCAUAGUCGUCGGUCUUCCUUCUCCUCUCGUCGUUCGGUCUCGCCGGCACCUUCUCUACCUCUUCCUGCCGUCAUGCCAAUGGAGGCGUCGCCGAAACCUCACUAUGCUCUCAACACUAACUGGGCCACGGGAAUGAAGAAUGCCAGUCUUUAUGCCAACGAAACCCUGACAUCUUUCUUUCGACGACUUACGUUUACGCCAGAUGGGAGCCUCUUGCUCACGCCGUCUGGGCAAUAUCAGAAUCAACACCAGACAGACAAGGAUGCAAAGCCAACUUACGAAAUCAUCAAUACCGUCUACAUCUACACUAGAGGCGGCAUCAAUAAACCCCCGAUAGCUCACCUGCCAGGCCAUAAAAAGCCUUCAGUCGUUGUCAAAUGCUCACCUAUUUUCUAUACCCUCCGCCAGUCACCGCCGGUGACUAAACAUGUCACCAUUGAUACAUCUUCUGCAGAGGACACCAUCCCCUCCUUACCAGAUCCAGUCUCCUCCAAGUCAUCUACCGCGCCAUCCGUCAUGGAUCCUCCCCCGCUGCCCACGCCUGCUUCGACUACUGCCGCCGAAGGAGGAGCUCCGUCAAAAGGAGUGUCUACCGAGACAAAUGCGUCAACGCCAGGCCCCAAGCCUGCCUUUGCCCUUCCUUACCGAAUGGUAUACGCGGUCGCCACUCAAGACUCGGUGCUACUAUAUGAUACGCAACAGAAGACACCGAUAUGCAUAGUUAGCAACUUGCACUGCGCAACUUUUACUGAUCUUGCUUGGUCAACUGAUGGACUCACCCUCAUCAUCUCGUCAUCGGACGGAUUCUGCUCUUCACUCACAUUUGCUCCGGGCGAGCUGGGCGAGAUUUACAAGGGCGAAGUUGGGGCAAAAGCAAGUGCAUCCGCAGCAACUCCUACGUCGAAUUCGACAUCUUCUGUGGCUACACAAUCCGGUGUCGUGAGCAACCCGCCCCUCAUUAGUGGUAGUGUGCCGUCAAUCACGGCCGCCAAUUCAGGCAGGGUAACGGGCGUGCCCUUGACUACACCUCCAGAGACACCCAAAGUUGUGCCUGGCCCAAGUACGGGCGUAAAGAGGGAUGCUGAUGAGGCCGAGAAAGAAGACACCAAAGAGCCCAAGAAGCGAAGAAUCGCUCCAACUCUUGUUUCAAACUGAACAUGAAGUUCCGGCCUCGGCUUGUCCUUUUAGCCUCCUCUUUUUUCUGCUUUUUAUUUACUUUAUUUUGUAGAGCGAGCCGUGUUCUGCGGGCUGUCUUAUCUCCUCUCUUGUGGCACGGCACUCGCCAUCACAGAAUGAUGAGAAGCGCGGUUUGGCAAUGACUAUAUAGAUGGAUGACGGUAGGUGCCAACGUUUACUGGUACAGGCUGGCGUUUUACGGGCCGGCGUAAUUUGCUUUGAUCCCAAGGCGGCAUUUGAGCCUGCCGAAGAAGAUAUCAUUAUACGUUUUUGAGAGAGAGAAGAGGUCUCUCUUUCCCUAUAGUUUUGCCCAGGGCGUGGGCAGUUUGCCCGGCCUGCGAUUUAGCAGGCGGGGUGGCGGUUGGGCAAAAAGUGCAAUAGUUUUAUAGUCUGAUAUAAUCAAUGGAAAAUUCUGUUUGAUAUGAUGGGCGUACGGAUGGAGGCGAUGUGCAUUUUUACGUGUGCAUCUCAAUGCCUUAUAUACAACUGUAGCGUUGACCUUGUUCUCUCAGGUAGCCGGGACCUGGAACAAGAUAUGAGGCACGCAAUAAGUUUACAAGAUAUUACCGUUUUCCUUAAAGACAGUCAUUUCAUCACAGGAGUCCAUCCCUUCCUGGGGACAAAGGUGGUCACGCCCUCGUCUCGCAAAACUUCUUCUCCCAGUCUUCCCGUCACUACGCUCUGCUCAAACUGUGGACCGCGGACGUAGAAGGGGAACGAGAGCCGACAGGAGGAUUCUUCUGGAUCUGCUUCCAAGUCGCCGGAAGGGUCCUUGGGCGCGGUGUCUGGGAGAAGCUUUUCCCACACGCUGCGGCCGUAGCGCUUCUUUUCGGUGAAGCCGCAGGCGCAGCGGUCCAGUGAGAGAUACCAUCGGCGUUGAUAGACGCUGCCGAUGGUGUUUGAUGCUCCGGCGUAG